AUGUAUAUUUUCAUCUUUGAAAUUGUCUUUGGUUUAACCCUUGCAGCCAACCAAUUGGUUUCUGCUGCAGCCAUUCCUCCAUACUACACUGUUGCACCUGCUGCAUCCACAGCUCAAUCUCCCUCCAUUACUCCACCUCGCGGACCUGGAGCUUUUGCGCCUCCAGCAAAACCAGCAUCGCGUGCUUGGAAACCAAAUUUGCCUGUUCCUGGGGAAAACACUGAGGAUGACAAUGAGAAAACUUUUGGAAUUGCUGAUGGGAAGAAACACAGUCCAAUAUGUAAAGAUUGUGUGGGACGUACGCGACAACUGGUGAAGGAUUAUACGCUACUCGACUCGAUUGAUUAUCGUGCAGAGGAAGAAGGCAAAAAUGAGAAAGAAAAUGGUGGGAAAAGUGUUGGAGAUAAAGAGGGAAGGGAACAAGCACUUAGGCCAGCCAAAUGGUAUGUGUAUUGGCGUAACGGAUAUUUAGAGAUUCCUCGGCCUCGUGAGUGGCACAUUCCCAGCCCGCCAUUAGCUGACUAUCUUGAAGAAGAGGCAAAAUAA